CUCGGCUGGCCAGCCAGAGCCAGCCCAGAACUCCCUCCCAUCUGCUCGGCAGGACCCAGGAACUGGUCCCUACUGGGCAAUUAUUAAUCAGAUUCUUGACAUUCCUCAGCCCCAGGUUGGCUGGAGAAGCAUGUUCCCCAGAGGGGCAGAGGCCCAGGACUGGCAUUUGGAUAUGCAGCUGACGGGCAAGGUGGUGCUGUCGGCUGCUGCCCUGCUUCUGGUGACUGUGGCCUACAGGCUGUACAAGUCGAGGCCUGCCCCAGCCCAGCGGUGGGGUGGGAAUGCCCAGGCAGAAGCCAAGGAGGAAGCAGACGGCUCAGGGCAACCUGCUGUACAGGAGGCUUCUCCUGGGGUGCUGCAGAGGGGGCCAAGACGCCGGAGGAGCAGCAAGGGGGCCGAAGCACCACAGGGCUGCAGCUGGGAGAAUCCAAGAGGCCCCUAUGUCCUGGUCACGGGAGCCACUUCCACAGACGGGAAGCCCCAGAGAAAAGGCUCAGGUGAGGAGCGGGGCGGGCAGGGCUCGGACUCUGAGCAGGUGCCUCCUUGCGGCCGCGGCCAGGAAACCAGAACAGCUGUUGGCAGUAACCCUGACCCUCCCCAUCUCCCCCGCUUGGGCAGCGAACCGAAAAGCUCUCCAGCUGGACUCACUGCAGCAGCCGACGGCAGCUGUGCCCGUGAUGAGCCUGCUCCAUGGCAGGACAGCAAACCCCCUGAGCAUCCAGGGCUGGGGCAACUAGAACCUCCCCACUGUCACCACGUGGCUCCCUUGCAAGGCAGCAGUGACAUGAACCAGAGCUGGGUCUUCACCCGUGUGGUGGGGGUCAGCAGAGAAGAGGCUGGGGCUCUCGAGGCUGCCUCCGAUGUUGGGCUGACCCUGCAUCAGCAGGAGGGAGGCCCCAAUGCCUCCUAUACCUUCUCAUCCAUAGCCCGCGUCCGAAUGGAGGAGAAUUUCAUACAGAAGGUGGAGGGGGUUGAGCCCAGGCUCAAGGGCAAGGUGUACGACUACUACGUGGAAUCUGCCUCUCAGGCCAUCUUCCAGGGCAGGCUGGCUCCCAGGACAGCGGCCCUGACUGAGGUUCCAUCCCCUAGGCCACCGCCAGAGUCCCUGGGGACAGGAGCAGCUUCGGGAGGCCAAGCCGGUGACACAAAGGGUGCAGCCGAAAGAGCUGCCUCUCAGCAGCCAGGGCCGUCGCCCUCCACCCGAGGCUUCAGCCGGAAGGAGAGCCUCCUGCAGAUAGUGGAGAACCCAGAGCUGCAGCUGCAGCCAGAUGGCUUCCGCCUCCCCGCUCCACCCUGCCCAGACCCGGGCACCCUACCUGGCUCAGGCAGAAGCAGCCGGGAGCCCCAUGUGCAGCUCGUGGCCGGUACCAAUUUCUUCCAUGUCCCGCUCACCCCUGCUUCAGCCCCACAGGUCCGCCUGGAUCUGGGCAAUUGCUAUGAGGUGCUGACCUUGGCCAAGAGGCAGAACCUGGAGGCCCUGAAGGAGGCGGCCUACAAGGUGAUGAGCGAAAACUACCUCCAGGUGCUGCGCAGCCCGGACAUCUACGGGUGCCUGAGCGGGGCAGAGCGCGAGCUGAUCCUGCAGCGCCGGCUCCAGGGCCGCCAGUACCUGGUGGUGGCUGACGUGUGCCCCAAGGAAGACUCUGGAGGACUCUGCUGCUAUGACGAUGAGCGGGAUGUCUGGCACCCGCUGGCUCGCCUGCCCCCCGAGGCCGUGUCCCGGGGCUGUGCCAUCUGCAGUCUCUUCAAUUAUCUCUUCGUGGUGUCCGGCUGCCAGGGGCCCGGGCACCGGCCCUCCAGCCGCGUCUUCUGCUACAACCCGCUCACGGGGAUCUGGAGCGAGGUGUGCCCGCUGAACCAGGCCCGGCCUCACUGCCGGCUGGUGGCCCUGGACGGGCACCUGUACGCCAUCGGCGGAGAGUGUCUGAACUCGGUGGAGCGUUACGACCCCCGCCUGGACCGCUGGGACUUUGCCCCGCCGCUCCCCAAUGACACGUUCGCCCUGGCGCACACGGCCACGGCGUGUGCCAAGGAGAUCUUCGUCACCGGCGGCUCGCUGCGCUUCCUGCUGUUCCGCUUCUCUGCGCAGGAGCAGCGCUGGUGGGCCGGCCCCACCGGGGGCAGCAAGGACCGCACGGCCGAGAUGGUGGCGGUCAACGGCUUUCUCUACCGCUUUGACCUCAACCGCAGCCUGGGUAUCGCAGUGUACCGCUGCAGCGCCAGCACCCGGCUCUGGUACGAGUGCGCCACGUACCGGAUGCCUUACCCGGAUGCCUUCCAGUGCGCCGUGGUGGACAACCUCAUCUACUGCGUGGGACGCCGGAGCACCCUCUGCUUCCUAGCAGACUCUGUCUCACCCAGGUUUGUGCCCAAGGAGCUGCGGAGUUUCCCGGCCCCGCAGGGCACCCUCCUGCCCACCGUCCUGACCUUACCCACCCCCGUUUUGCCUCAGACCAGGGUCUAGCAGUCCCUCAACUGAACUCCUCAGGCAAAGCUGGGGGCCACAGGGCUCCACCGCCAGCCAUCCCUCUGUGGGCCAUUUCUAGGCAAUCAGGCAACCCAGGAAUGUGAACAUCAAGAGGUGAAUUCUAGUCCUUUCUCCUCCCCUGGCUGGGGAGAGAGGGAUCUUAGAUGAGUCUUACCCUUCAUGGGCUGCAGAAGUCCCACUGCAGAAAAGAGGACCAGGAGCUGGUGUUCUAAGGCAGAAGGCAUUCAUGUCUUCAGGGAUGACCGCCCUUGCUUCAACUCUGAAUUCUUCGGGGGAUACACCAGGACCCCACCAAAGCUUAGGGGGCGUAGCCUUAUUGCAUUCACAAUUCUAGGAGCCAGUUGACCCCAGCAGCCCCUCGCUGGUUGCUCUGGAGAGGGGUUGACUCUCUGAGCCAUCAGUGCCCCUUCCUAAACAUCAGCCACUGGGCCCCACCUCCACAGUUCCCAGAAGCACAGGGACACACAGGUGGGAAAGAUGGAGGCAGGUGACUUGGGCAGGACCAGGAAGGAGCCGAGGGAGCCCCAGGGGCCCUGGCCAGAGGGAGUGGUGGUUUGAAAAGUAGAACAGCUGAAGCUGGGGCCAGCCUAGGAGACUUUUGCUUGUGAGAAAAUGUACCAAAGCCCACCUUACGUUUCUCCUUAUUGGAAGAAAGAGAAGCAGCCAUUGUACCAAGCUAUCUUCUGGUGGAAGUCUGCUAAGGAUACAGAGAGGUCUCAGCAAAGGGAAGAAACUAUGUGAUCCAAGGGCCACCCUGCUCCUUGGCCCUGCCCAUGUUAACUGACCAUUACACUCAUUCUCAGAUCUGUAGCCGUCUUCCUGUCUGGAAGCUGGGGCAGCCACCACCAGUCAGCACUUCAGGGUGACAGCAUAAUUUGCCCUCCUUGUGCCAGGUACGGUCACCUGGUUUGCCUCAUUCACAUUUUCAGGUCGAUGACCAAGCUGAGGAACUAGAAGAGUCUAGUGAAGCAUCAAGAGACUGGAUCUCCUUUCACAUUGGGUUUGAUAAACUCCAAAUGAAGGAGACCCCCAGCCUCAGGAAAGCACCUGUC